ACAAAAGCAUACACACACUCUCUCUUGACACACACAUGCUCACAUGCACAACAGACACAGAGACGGAUAGCGGGCUCUCAGUUUUUUCCUUCGGUUUGGUGGGCUUGCUGGUUUUAUUUCAUGCGUUCAGAGAGGCAAAAUGUAGCUGGAGGCUGCUAAUAUCUGUGGGUGUUGUACAGUGCAGGAGCACUCUAGCACAGUAAGGAGCUGUGGAGUAGGUUGACUCUCUGGGAGGACUAGAAAAUGAAUGACUGCCAACUCUGGGAUGUCUCCUCAGGCUGCACUAAGGUGAGUGGCGCUUCAGUACAAAAGUAUCAACAGUGAUCUGACAGUGAUGCCGUGUAUCAGCCUUCCCUUCUGUCUGCACCCCUCAUUCUCCCGUGAGGCCCAUGUGACCUAGCCCACACUCACACACAGGGGGCCCCUACUGCUGCUGGAGCCCACCCAUGAAUCCCUGCCCUGACCGCAGCAAAGAGUGCCUCCCUCCCAAGAAGAGGGAGUCUCGGCAAGGAUCGGCAGAACAUCAGGUUCUUCUGGAUGAGUUUAAACCCCCUGUUCCGCUUCGGAGCCGACCCAGCACAGGGAGAGUGGAGGGAGGGAGGGAGGUCAGUGACAGGGACAGAGUCCUCUGUAACCCAAAUCCCCAUCUCCUCCAUAGUCCUCCACCUCUUCCUGCUUCAGCACCAGGUCUCCCCGUGCCUAUACCAUGGCCCCUCAGUUACUCGCCCUCUGCUUCUUUUCCUCUUUUCCCUGGGCAGGUCAGCGAUAGGAGGAGCUCAGGGUCUCCAGCUUGGAGAGACGAUCCUCUUGCCUCACCCCUGCCCCACCACUCUAGGUGGUUUAGAGGGGAAGGUCCUCUGUCAAUGCCACCCUCCCCAUCUUCUUCCUCAUCUUCCUCCUUUAAGACUCCCUUUCCAGCCAGUUCAAGAGAAAUCUGGUCCUGUAUCAACAGUGGUCGACGGGACUACAGUCCUUCUUUUUUCUCCCCUUCAUACUUGUUUAGCCCUCACUCUUUGUAUCCACAAGACCCAAAUAUAUUAGAGGUUAGACACAGGUACUUGAACAAGAGGCCCAAUGGCUUGGAUGGGCCAGGCAGCAGGACUGCCUCAGCUUCCAGACCUCUGCUCUCAGGAGAAUAUGGAAAUGAUAGCAGCAGAACUAGGCUGGACAUCAGUCCACAGAGCUCUCAUGCCAAUGGUGGCCGGAGACAGCAGGAGGAUCUAACAUCCUGUGUCCACUCUGGAGGAGCAUUUUUAUCAGACUCUCAAAUACAAGAGGGCUCUGAGCUACAUUCCUCAUUGCAGGACAGACAUCCGCAUGGGAAAAUCAGCUCCACUUUACUAUCCACCAGUCCCCAUCCCCUUGGACCAGACUCCAGGACCGGCAGAGGGGGGCUUUUGGACCAUCUGGGGCCCACACCAGCUGAAGCCCAAAUCUACUACUCCGUGGGAUCAGUAGGACACACCAGCCCUCAGGCUCAUGCUUACCCACUCUACAGCCCCUCAGGAACACCUCCAUACAACCUGCACAGGGAGCCAGGCCCAAGGCAGCACAGUCUGAGGAACUCCCCACACUCACCUGUGGGUCUGCCAAAUAACCACGACAGGUCACAAGGAGACCGGGACAGAGAUCAAGAAAGAGAUAAGGUCCUACAAAGAGACAGGGAACGAGGAAAAGACAAAGACAAACAAAUAAAACAUGACAAAGACCAAGAAAGGGACAGUGAGCGUGAGAAGCGACGUGACAGAGACAGGGGGACAGAAUCAUCUCCUUCCAAUCUUCACAUCUCAACCCCAGCCCUUCGCCCAUCUCCUCCUGCACUCCUACCUCACUUCACCAAGGGGUCUCUAAUUGAGUUGGCCAGCGGGCGGUUAAAGCGGGUGGAGGAGCUGCGGACUGAGGACUUCCUGAGGAGUGCUGAUACAUCCCCAGAGUUUCACCUCAGCACCUGCACUGUGCUGCAAAUUUCCCAUAGCAGUACGCAGGGCUUCAGCCAUCUGCAGGUCCACCUCACAGACCGUAAUACUCAGGAGUUACUGAAGGUCUUGGUGGAGUACCCAUUUUUUGUCAAGGACCAGGGUUGGUCUUCUUGCUCUCCCCAGAGAACCACACAGCUGUAUGGCCUGCCUUGCCGCCAGCUCACAGAGGGUGACGUCUGCCUGGCCCUCACCCCUGCACCCAGCCAAACUCACCGAACACACACGCGUACCAGCUCCAGAGCCCAUCGCACACAACUCCUCUCCAGGUCUGCAGCAGAGACCAGCAGUUCGCAGAGGGAGGAGAUGCCACCUCCGCCUCCUCCUCCCCCGCUUCCUAAUCAACCGCCUCCUCCUGUACCAGCCCCUCUGUACACGAUGGCUGAGGAGCCUCCUGUUAAGGGGCUGCAGCCGCGUAAGCGGCGCUGGUCUGCACCAGACACCCUUCCCACGGCUGGAACUGAUGAAAGCCUCUUGGAUUUACCUCAUGGCUCCAAGCUAAUGAAGUGGCAGUAGAAACUUGCACAUGCAUACUUACAUAUGCACAUAAGCACAUACACACCCUCCUUGUCUCUGUUGCAUCUCACCAAGACAAACAAUGGAGAGACUUCAAGGCAGGGUUGCAGGGAAGGAAUGCAAAACAAUAGAAAAUGCAGUUCACAGGUGAUCAGUCUAGUCCACUCUGGUUUUGCCACUGCUGCAUCUUUCCCAUCUUUCCUUUCCUUUUAUUUCCUUGACUUUCCUUUCCUUUCCUCUCCUUUCCUUUCCUUUUCUUUUCUUUCCUUUCCUUUCCUUUCCUUAGCACAACCCUGAAAGGAGCAGCAGUUCAAUGAUAUUUGGAUGACUUCUUACAGACACACUGAAGACAUUUAGUGAGACAAUCAAGCACUUGUCUAUGUUCACUGUUUUUUUUUACGAUUGUCGCACACACCUACUUAAUGAAAGUAUUUGCUGCAGGGGUAUUUUCAAUCAGUGUUAUGAAAGUAAACGCUAUUGAAGAUGUGCAGAUAUAUAUGAACAACAAUUGACAAUAUAUGUAUUACAAUACAAAUGUUAUAUACAGUAAAUAUGCUAAAUGAGAUUUAAUGCAAUCUCUGUCGAUCUUGCGAUGCAGUUCUGUUUUUUUUUUUUUCUUUUCUUUGUUUUUUUUUUUUUUUGUUUUUUUUUUUCUUGCUUCUGAGCCGAUGUGUUUGUGUCGGCCUGGGCAGGCAAGGUGAAUGUAUGAGAAACUCUUCGCCUUUUUUAUUCUCAUCACUGGGAGUCAGAUCAAAAAGUUGUUUGUCAAGGCAUUGCCCUCCAAUAUGUUCUUAACAUUAUCUCUGAGAAAGGGAGAACACUAAUGAAAACUGCAUAACAGACAAUCCCACCCACACAGACAGGUCUGUGCUACAUCGCCUCGACACUCAUGGUGUUUUUCCAUUAAAAAAUGAAUGAUGGAAAGAGUAAAAAAGUGCAGUAUGGCUGAAGAGUAAUGGUGCUAAUAACACGUUGGAACAUGAUGCUUUGUGAAUGCUCUUGACCCCUGUGUACUGUAUGCUUCUGUUCCCAUCUAAUUUUUUUAUGUACUGUAUAUGUUUGAAGGCAGGGAAAAUGAUGAAAGUAUUUUACACUCAGAUACGGGUAUAUCAUCUGAUUCAGCACUCUCUUUCACUUUAGUUUCUUUUUUUAUUUUCAAGGAGAAAAACUUACCUGUUGAAUUUUCUUUUUAAAUGUUACAGCUACAAAAAUGUAUAUUUUUAAAAAUUGUGAAUCUGUUAUAUGAUGUUCGCUAGAAAUAAAGGAGGAAAAAGCUUUA